ACUUUUAUCUGCUGUCAUGUGUCCUGUUCAGUUUCCUUGAAUAGCCUUGUAUUUUCGUUGUGGCUAAUUUAAAUUUAAAUCAUUGAAUUUUAUUGCAUAAAUUCAAGAACUGUUAUUUGAAAUAUUAAAUCAAUUGUUCCAGUAAAAAUAAUGGGCAAAACUGGUGUCGUCGCCUUCUUAAAAGACUUUUAUUAUGACCCUUUCAAAUGGUCAGUUGUGAAGAGCGUAGGUUUCUUCACAGUGGGUGUUGUGAUUGCAAGCGAGUGUACAGGCUUAGAAGUGAUGCCUGCAGUGCCACAAUAAAUAUAUUUUACUUAUUUUAAAUUAUAAAUAAUUAAGAAAAUAUAAAAAUGAUUAAAUAUCUGUUUAUGUUAGUUAUUUCAAGUGUAGUUUGCGAAGAUGCGUCGCGACCUAAUUUUCUUAUCAUCCUUACCGAUGAUCAGGAUUCAACUCUCGGUGGAAUGAAUCCAAUGAAGAAUGUACAACGGUUCAUCGGUGAUAAAGGAGUCACGUUUAAAAAUGCUUACGUAACAUCGCCGAUCUGCUGCCCAAGCCGAGCGAGCUUUCUAACAGGCAUGUACGUACACAACCAUCUCACAGUCAACAAUAGCAUCAGUGGCGGCUGCUACGGACGUAUCUGGAAGAAUAUUGAGUCUAGAACGUUCGCUACCACGCUUUACGAUGCAGGGUACAAGACAUUUUAUGCCGGAAAGUACUUGAAUGAGUACGGGGUAAAAGCGGCGGGCGGACCUGAACAAAUCCCGCCUGGGUGGUCAGAAUGGCACGGUCUGGUUGGCAACUCUGUUUAUUACAACUAUACAAUAUCUAACAACGGUGUACCAACGCACUCCACAGAUCUCUACCUCACAGAUAUUAUUAGAGAUCUGAGUAUCAGCUACAUCGAGAACCAGACGGGAUCGGAACCGUUUAUGAUGGUGUUGGCCCCGCCCGCACCGCACCAGCCCUUCACCCCCGCGCCCAGACACAAAGGCGUCUUCGCCAAUGUCACCGCACACCGCGCGCCUAACUUUAAUAUAGCUACCAAGGACCGCCACUGGCUGCUGUCAAUGCCGCCGUCUCCACUACCAGACAACAUGUUGUCGGAGCUGGACCGCGUUUACCGUUCGCGGUGGGAGGCGUUGCUGAGCGUUGACGAGCUCGUCUCUGACGUCAUCGAGGCUCUUGACACCAACUCUCUGCUCGAGCACACAUACGUCAUAUACACCUCGGAUAAUGGAUAUCAUAUGGGUAUGGAUAACAUUAACACGAUAAUUUUAUUGGUCACCAAAGGUCUCAAUCUGAACCUAUAUUUAUUUCAGUAUAUUACACUUAACAAAUCCGAGUCCGGCAGCGAAAGUAAUAAGAAAUGUUAUUAUUUCCAGCAAUGUUAUCCUGAGUACGCUUGCAAGUGCCAGGACGCGAGGAACAAUACGUUCGGUUGUCUGCGUCACAUCGCCAAGAGGAUCAACAUGAAGUACUGUCUCUUUGCCGAUAAUCAGAGUUUUACAGAGAUGUACGAUCUGUUCACGGAUCCGUACGAGUUGACGAACAUAGCGCAACGAGUGCUGCCCUCUGUACGGCACUGGUAUAAGCUGACGUUAGCCCGCAUGCUGGCCUGUAGGGGUAGCGAAAACUGCGAUAAUCCACUAGAAACACCCAGUAUCGUGUUUUAAUAUUUUUGACAGCCCUACUAUGUAAGGUGGUAGUCGCAAAAUACUGUCUUGUGUUGACAACCCUAGCGUUAAAACUGUACACAACUUCCUUAAGAGGGUAGUCACACAACACUUAUAUUUUGACAACCCUAGUGUACAAAAUUGUAGGCAACUUCCUAAAGAGGUUAGUUAAAAAUACUGACAAUAGUGAAUAACACAUGUGUUACACCGACAUUAUUGCCAUCCCUCUCAUUCUCUUUUAAUUAAACAGGGAUAGCAAAGUGACAUUAUAAAUUUAACAGGCUAUCGAGGCUAGUUAUAAAAUACAAGUUAGGAUUGUCACAAAAUGAAUAGCUGGGCCUCUAACAAAAUGAGAUUUCACCAGCUAUUACAAAAAACCAAGUUGUUCCAUGAGGGUUGUCACAAAAUAUACUUAACAAGAAUGUCCUAGGGUUGUCAAAAUUGACAUUUGUUGAAGAUAUUUUUGUUAUGUUGUUACUGUUUUAUAUUCAGGAUACUUUUAGGAUGAACUUUGCUUUAACUGUGUUUAUUGUUCCAUUGUUCUUAGCUAUAGUCAUUUUAGUUAUAAAAUUUAGUACAUCUCUUAUUAUUUGUAUUCCCAAAAUAUUUUGAUCACGCAUGUAAUA